GACCCACAAACUCUGGUGUCUCCCCUGCAGUGAAGGGAAGCAGCGAUGGAGGUGGGGAGAGACCGGGCUGCUGCAGACCAGCAUUCCGCCUGAACAAGGACUUGCAGGCUUCACUGGGGAGCGCCUGCUUCCAAUCCUGCUGUGACAGUCAUGCUGCCAAGAAAAAUGCUCCUCUCUGUGUUGGUGCUGACCUCUGUCCUGUCAGCGUCUGUUCUGUCUGCAGACAAGGGAAACAGAAGAGUGGUGCACGUUCUUGGCUUGGCUAGAUGGAUUGGACUGGUGCAAUGCUGGAUGGCUGGAGGACGGCUCGGUCCAGUACCCCAUUUCUCAUCCCAGAGACCAGUGCGGCCGUAAAGACACUCCGGCUGGGGUUCGUAACUAUGGCUACAGGCACAAGGAGAGUGAGCGCUACGAUGCGUUUUGCUUCACUUCCAAGCCUAACGGCAAAGUGUACUUCCUCAAACGGUUUAAGAAGACUAACUAUGCAGAGGCGAUGAAGGCAUGCAUUCGAGAUGGUUCAGUGGUGGCCAAGGUGGGUCAGCUCUACGCAGCGUGGAAGUUUCAGCUUCUGGAUCGCUGUGAGGCCGGAUGGCUGGAGGACGGCAGCAUUCGAUACCCCAUAGUCAACCCUCGCGCUCGCUGUGGAGGAGCUCAUCCGGGCAUCCGGCACCUGGGCUUCCCUGAUAAAAAGUUCCGCCUCUAUGGGGUCUACUGCUUCCGCAAGAAUCAGGAAGAAAAUGCAGCUCAAAUAAAAAAGGCGCAAAGCUCAGCGGAUGGUUGGAAGAGCAGCAACAGCAUCCCCAUGAAUGUCACAGGGGGGAUUUAAAGUGGACAGACUGAGAACAGGAAAGAGAUUCCAUUUUACAUUUGACUGCAGCUGUUGUAGAUUCCAUUAAUCGCUUAAAACCCAGAACAUCAAUAGAUGAGAAGCAGCAGAAAAAAAUAUGAGAAAAAAA